AUUCGAAGCACGCGUGCAAUCGUCAGGCGUCGAUGGUAGAGAAGCAAGCGCCGCCGCCGGGGACGAAGCCUUUGAUGGUGUCGAUGCGAGAGAUGGACACGCUCGGCUUGAAGACAGGACCGGGGUUGAAGGAGACGAUCGAUUUCAAGGUGUUUGAUCGCCAAACGAUCCUCGAUGAGAUUGCCAAAGUCGGCUUCAUGUGCCCAUUCCACGAACACCGGGCAGAAGUGGCCAAACUAGAGAUCCCCCAGCUGCUUUUGGUCGCAGAUCGAGACGAAGUGUACGGGGAGAACUGGCUGCUGUGUGUCCGGCAAGUCGGAUAUGACGGCCAAAUGGCACUGAUCGCGCAGCGCCAAGCCGCGUUGGAGGUCGCCGAGGCCGACAGCAAGAACCAAGUCAAUGAGGAAGACGAACUCCUCACCCUCGUGUACGAAGACAAACCCAUCGUGUCUCGGCCAUGGGAGUCAGCGUCCGCCGACGACUCGCACGAACAAGUUCGACUCCUGAGCAUCCACGCCACGCGCGCCGUCAUCUCCAUCUCCGUGACGCGUCGGGCAGAAGAGUUCAACGCCGACUACAAGUUCAGCGACCGCGAUGCCGACCAAUGCUUUGUCGAGUGUCGCCAACACAAAGACCCCAACUACGAUCUCACGAGAAUGGAGCAGGACGUUGGGUUGCAGGGCAUCCCCGACCUCAUCGACAACACGACCCAGACGUCAUGGUUUCGCGCAGUCAACUCGGCGCUCCAGUACGAGCCGAUUAAAUUUCCGUCCGACUUGCGAGACCGAGAGAUGCAAUCGAACCGCAUGCAAACGUUCCUCGCCACGGUGUUGCCGCGCAUGGAAGAAGCGCUCCAGCAGAACGAAACGCUCGACAUUUUCAUGGACCCGCUGGCCAUCCUCGCCGAAGAAGAGAUGGCCACGGGGCAACACAAGACGGACAACAAUAUCAAAGAGCUGCGGACGUUCACGGACCUCGUCUAUUCGAAGAACAAAACGCUGCCAUCCAUCGACUGGCACCCGAAAAAGUCGGGCGUGGUCGCCGUGGCGGCCGCCACCAACUCGUCCUUUUCCAAGCGGGCCGACGCCACCGACAAGGUGGACGGGUCGUACAUUUUGCUGUGGAACUUUGCCGACCUGAUCCAUCCUCAGCUCAUGAUGGAAGCACCGCAGGACGUGAUGGCCGUGCGGUUCAACCCGACGCAGCCGGGUAUCGUCGUCGCGGGGCUCUUCAACGGGCAAGUGUGUGUCUGGGACAUCUCAAAAGCCGAAGGGCAAAUCUCGAAAAAGAAGGCCAAAACCCCAGGCACAUCCACGCAAGACGCCUCCAAGGCGGACGAGGCGCACAAAACGAUGCCGCCUGUGAAACCCAUGUACGUGUCGUAUAUUGACUUGAGCCACCGACGCCCCGUGGCCGACUUGCAGUGGCUCCCCCCCGGCUUGGAAAUCAACAACCGAGGCCACCUCAGUGCGACCCAGGACCCUCUAACCCACCAAUUCGUCACGAUCGCCGGCGACGGUCAAGUAUGCUUUUGGGACCUUCGGUUCAAAGAUCCCAAGUACCGCAUGCUCAACCACGGCCGCAUCAAGCAAGACAAGUCGCAGCAAAAAGCGGCCAAAGAUGGAAAAGACACUGCCCCGGCCGAAGUGCUGUUCACGCCGCUGUACGCGAUCACACUGACCAAGGUCGACGGAGCCGGAGAAUUGGGCCUCAAGUGCAUUGCCAUGGAGCGUAUGAGCAACGAUCAGCCGUCGUCGCGAUUCUUCUGCGGCACGGAGGAAGGCGAACUCCUCUUGGCGGACUGGCGGCCCCACGCGUCCAAGGACGAUGACUCGGCCCCAAGUAACAACAACAACAAUGGCGAAGAGAGCGUCGAGUACGUCCAAUGGUCAUGCCACGACCACUUUCGCACGACCGUGAGCCUCAGCCGGUCGCUGUUCUUCCCACACAUCAUCCUCACCGUGAGCGAAUCGAACUUUCACAUUUGGAACGUCGCGCCGGCCAGUUCUGGCUCGGCCAACACGCCCAUCUUCAUCUCGCCGUUUUCACUCGCCCCCCUCACGUGCGGGUGCUUUUCCCCCACGAGGCCUGGCGUCCUAUACAUUGGCAAGGCGGACGGGGUACUGGAAGUGUGGGACCUCUUGGAUCAGUCCCAUCGGGCGUCGUUCUCGUCCAGCAUCGCCGCGUGCUCCUUGACAACGCUCGAGUUCCGCUCCGCCGCGCCAGCCAGCGCGAUUGUAGCUCCCAACGCGGCAACCAAUAAUGUCAAUAAUAACGCUGCUAAUAAUGCUGCUAACAAAGGCGCCGCGCCGCCCCAGCAAGCCCCCAAGCAGCAGCUGCUGGCGGUCGGCGACGUGAACGGCAAUUUGCACAUCCUUGAAGUCCCCCGGACGCUGUCGAGGGGGUCCGCAGGGGAGCGGGGGGUCAUUGAAACGUACUUCAAACGGGAAAUUGUCCGCGUCAAAGCCGUCCUCGAGUACGCUGACAUGGCGUCCCGAAAUGCCAACGCUUCGUUGAACCAAGCGGCCCCGGCUGCCGUACCGUCCACGGCAUCCACGGGUACAAAGCCAACCAGUGGUACCAAUGACGCCGAUGAUGACUUGUUCCGAAAGAUGGAGAAAGAAUUCAAGUCCGAGUUGGGCAUUGAAGACCACGACCAACACGGCAAGAAAGGAUAACGUCGAAACUGUAUCGACUUGUUCACGUUGAACGAUGCUCUUGCGUAUGCCGACAACAUCGACAGAUGAUCAGAUAGGCCAACAGUCGCUUGAUUCAUGACGAGUUUACUACCCAAAGUGCUUACAGUACUUGCUAUAGAAGGAGAAAUGAUCGACAAUACAUGUAGCGAUUAGGUGUCUGGAUUACAUACGAAUCUUCUCAUGUACUUACAUAGCAUACAUUCGUGUCUGUGUUCGGGUUGUUUUCUAGAGUUAACCAUCUACCGCUAUACAUGGUUGGACGCUUGAGAGUUGUGAGUCGCCUGCUGCAGUUUAUAGCGGCUUGUCAAUCACG